CAAGCACCUCCUCCUUGGCCGGCCUUUAUGCUAGGCUAGUAUUGCACUCCGUGGUAUGUACCUAACAAAUUUGUUUCGAGUGCACCAGCAUAGCUUAUAGUUGUGUCAACACCCAGUCCAUUAAACUUCCAAAUGGAUGCAAAGUUGGAAUUUUUAGAUGACGGAACGGGAGCAGGGACAGGCUGGGGGUAAAUAGCGCUGAAAAAGAAAACUGAGACGUAUCUGCUCCUUCUGACCUCUUUAACUCCUUGUCUCUUUAGCUCCGUGUCGUCCUCAUUCACCGCUCAACAAAAGACAAAAAGGGAAAGGAAGUAAACGCAGAGAGCAGAGUUAGUUUAAGGGAAACCUAAAUCCUGCUAAUCUGCACAGUGCUUGCCUUUUCGAUUCUUGUCAAAAACCAGUUUGGAUCGAAUUCCCGCUUCCUGGGACUCAUGUACAUGCAGAUACAACAACACGUUACAUCUUUAUUUGAGUAAAUAGUGCUGCAGUGGUGAUAAACAAGACACAAGGGAAUAAAGAUUUGGGUUUUAGAGCCAAGGAAUAUGAGCAGUCAUCUGGCACCGGCGGCGCCACUGCCCAAAAGAAACAAUAUGGUUCAGAAGAACCGCAAUCCGUCAACUAUCAGAAAACCGUCCGCUCAGUCUGAGAAUGGGAACGGCACCGCUAACGGGGCCAACGUUAAACCCACCUCUCCAUCUCACUCGUCUUUUAAUGGGGAGAGAACGGUUAAGAAGCUGAGGCUGUCAAAGGCAUUGACAAUUCCGGAGGGCACAACUGUAUCUGAGGCUUGUCGCCGCAUGGCAGCUAGGCGUGUGAAUGCAGUCCUACUCACAGAUGCCAAUGCACUGCUAUCCGGCAUUGUCACUGACAAGGAUAUUGCUACCAGAGUUAUAGCUGAAGAACUGAGGCCUGAACAGACGAUAGUUUCAAAGGUCAUGACAAGGAACCCCAUAUUUGUAACGUCUGAUAUGUUGGCUAUUGAGGCUCUUCAGAAGAUGGUCCAAGGAAAAUUUCGCCACCUUCCUGUUGUUGAAAAUGGUGAAGUUAUAGCUUUGUUAGAUAUCACAAAAUGCCUUUAUGAUGCUAUAUCAAGAAUGGAGAAGGCUGCAGAGCAGGGCACUGCUAUUGCAGCAGCUGUUGAAGGAGUGGAACGUCAAUGGGGAAACAGUUUGGCUGCCCCAUCAGCUUUUGUUGAAAUACUUAGGGAGCGCAUGUUCAAACCUGCUUUGUCCACAAUCAUUUCAGAAAAUGCCAAGGUUGCAAUAGUGUCCCCAUCAGAUCCUGUGCAAAUUGCUGCUAAGAAGAUGCGUGAGCUGCGGGUUAAUUCAGUCAUUGUUAUAACUGGGAACAAGAUGCAGGGAAUAUUAACUUCUAAAGACAUCCUGAUGCGUGUCGUGGCCCAAAAUCUCUCCCCUGAGCUUACACUGGUGGAAAAGGUAAUGACACCAAACCCUGAAUGUGCAACUUUAGAUACAACAAUACUUGAAGCUCUACAUAUAAUGCAUGAUGGGAAAUUUUUGCACCUUCCUGUUUUAGACAGAGAAGGAAGUGUUGUAGCAUCUCUAGAUGUGUUGCAGAUAGCUCAUGCAUCAAUUUCCAUGGUGGAGAGUAGUUCUGGUACUGUUAAUGAUGCUGCAAAUACAGUAAUGCAAAAGUUCUGGGAUUCAGCUCUUAAUCUGGAUCAAUCAGAUGAUUGUGACACUCAAAGUGAGCCGUCUAUGUCUGGAGCACUGACAUCUGAUUGCACAGAAACUGGGAGGUCUUCAUAUCCAUCCCUUGGUCUUGGAAAUUUAUUCACCUUCAAAUUUGAGGACCGAAAAGGGCGCGUACACAGAUUUAGUUUUGGUUCAGAAAGCUUAGCUGAGCUAAUUACUGCUGUUAUGCAAAGGGUGGGGACAGCUGACGAUCAUGAUCACCCACAACUUUUGUACGAAGACGAUGAAGGUGACAAAGUUCUGCUGACAACUGAUAUGGAUCUUAUUGGUGCUGUUUGCCAUGCGAGAUCAGUGGGAUUGAAGGUCUUGAGGUUGCAUCUGGACUUCUCUGAUUCUUCUUACAAAGAGAGAAAGAAGGAAGAACCUACAUCCACCACCGCUACAGUACACGCUGGACGGGUCCCUGUCCAUGCUGCUAUUUUGGCUGGAGCAGUUGUACUGACAAGCGUUGGUGUAUUAACUUACAUAAAGCGCUCAAAUACGUGAUCUAAGGGGAGUCGCUGAUUUUGGUUCCAGAGUGCUCCUCAUGCUCUUUUUUGUGAAAUUUGUUGAGUAUGCCUAUACAAAGACUAUCUGGUAAUUGAUAAUGUCUGUACAAGUAGGUGGACAAUAUGCAGUGAUCCCUGAAAGAGUGAAAAUCGCCUCUCUGCACAAAUUCCUCAUUUCAUAGCUUACUAAAAAACAGUAGAAUGUGGUAAUACCGAAAUGUGCACUGCAUUGUUCAUUCCUCUCAGCAUUGAUAGGUAUGUGGUUUUGUUAGUCAUAAUAUGACAAAAUGGUCUCACUUAUUUUAUGUAUUUGGUUAAAUACCAAGUUUGUCGAC